AUGACCACAGAGACCAGUACACUGACCCGCACAACGACUGCAGAGACCAGUACACCAACCAGCACAAUGACCGCAGUGACGAUGACCAGUACACCAACCACAUUGACCACAGUGACCAGUACACCGACCACAUCGACCACAGUGACCAGUACACCGACCAGCACAUCAACCACAGUGACCAGUACACCGACCAGCACAUCCUCCACAGUGACCAGUACACCGACCACAUCGACCACAGUGACCAGUACACCGACCAGCACAUCCACAGUGACCAGUACACCGACCAGCACAUCCACCACAGAGACCAGUACACCGACCAGCACAUCUACCACAGAGACUAGUACAACGACCAGCACAUCGACCACAGUGACCAGUACACCGACCAGCACAUCGACCACAGUGACCAGUACACCGACCAGCACAUCCACCACAGAGACCAGUACACUGACCAGCACAUCCACCACAGUGACCAUGACCAGUACACCAACCACAUUGACCACAGUGACCAGUACACCGACCACAUCGACCACAACCAGUACACCGACCAGCACAUCGACCACAGUGACCAGUACACCGACCAGCACAUCCACCACAGAGACCAGUACACUGACCAGCACAUCCACCACAGUGACCAGUACACCGACCAGCAUAUCAACCACAGAGACCAGUACACCAACCACAUUGACCACAGAGACCAGUACACCGACCAGCACACCGACCACAUCGACCACAGAGACCAGUACACCGACCAGUACAUCGACCACAGUGACCAGUACACCAACCAGCACAUCGACCACAGAGACCAGUACACCGACCAGCACAUCGACCACUUCCAGUACACUGACCAGCACAUCAACCACAGGGACCAGUACACCGACCAGUACAUCAACCACAGAGACCAGUACACCGACCAGCACGUCAACCUCAGAGACCAGUACACCGACGAGUACCUCGACCACAGUGACCAGUACACCAACCAGCACAUCCACCACAGAGACCAGUACACCGACCACAUCGACCACAGAGUCCAUGACCAGUACACCGACCAGCACAUCGACCACAGAGACCAGUACACUGACCAGCACAUCGACCACAGUGACCAGUACACCGACCAGCACAUCGACCACAGUGACCAGUACACCGACCAGCACAUCCACCACAGAGACCAGUACACUGACCAGCACAUCAACCACAGAGGCCAGUACACCGACGAGUACAUCAACCACAGAGACCAGUACACCAACCAGCACAUCGACCACAGUGACCAGUACACUGACCACACAGACCAGUACACUGACCAGCACAUCUACCACAGAGACGAGUACACCGACCAGCACAUCCACCACAGUGACCAGUACACCGAUCAGCAUAUCAACCACAGAGACCAGUACACCGACCAGCACAUCCUCCACAGUGACCAGUACACCGACCACAUCGACCACAGUGACCAGUACACCGACCAGCACAUCAACCACAGAGACCAGUACACCGACCACAUCGACCACAGUGACCAGUACACCGACCAGCACAUCAACCACAGAGACCAGUACACCGACCAGUACAUCUACCACAGUGACCAGUACACCGAUCACAUCGACCACAGUGACCAGUACACCGACCAGCACAUCGACCACAGUGACCAGUACACCGACCAGCACAUCCACCACAGAGACCAGUACACUGACCAGCACAUCCACCACAGAGACCAGUACACCGACCAGCUACACCAACCAAACUCAUCUCCACUGGCACAUCGACAACAGUGACCAGUACACAAUCCUCAGAGACCAGUUCACUGACCAGCACACCGACCACACAGUCCAGCUCACCGACAACAGAGACCAGUUCAUCGAGCACUGUGUCCAGCUCACCAUUUACAGAGUCCAGCUCACCGACCACACAGUCCAGCUCACCGACAACAGAGACCAGUUCAUCGAGCACUGUGUCCAGCUCACCAAGUACAGAGUCCAGCUCACCGACCACACAGUCCAGCUCACCGACAACAGAGACCAGUUCAUCGAGCACUGUGUCCAGCUCACCAAGUACAGAGUCCAGCUCACCGACCACACAGUCCAGCUCACCGACAACAGAGACCAGUUCAUCGAGCACUGUGGCCAGCUCACCAAGUACAGAGUCCAGCUCACCGACCACACAGUCCAGCCCAUCCGUUACAACUCCUCGGGCCACUGUGCGUCCCACCACAACUAA